GAAGUGAUUUUGACCUAACUUUGGCUGCCAUGCGUGAAAGUGGGACAAUCAAAAGCGCGCAAAAAAGAGCGGAUCUAGAUGUCUUUUAGACGUCUGGAGAAAGGGUAGAAAGUUGAUUUAACUGUUUCUAGAAGUAUUUGAGAAGCACAGAAGGACGAUAUCUAGAUCUUUUCGUUGCCAAGAGUGACAACACUGACCAUCCCGAAGUUCAUCAAGCAGGUAAUCUACUGACAUCACAGCAUCAUGCCUGGCAGGAAAGCUGGGUCCACCUCGCUAGAAGAGGAGCAGCACUCCCCAGUGAAUGUGCCAGUUGGACUAGUCCUGGCCCUUACCCUGCCUGUAUCCCUGGCUGUGCUGUGGAAGUUCAGCCUCCCUCUGUUAGCUGUGUCUGUACUGGGGGAGGAGACAGUACUGAGGGUCACAGAUGUGGUGUAUGAUAUAGCAGCCCGGUACACCUCCCCCUGCCCCCCGUGGAUCCCCCACUCGGAGCGACGCUGGCUCCAGCAGCCCUCGAGUCGACAGAUCCGCCGAGUCAGCGGGAUCAGUGAGAAGGAGUUUGUGAGGCUGGUGGACAGGGGGGAGCCUGUCAUUGUUACUGAUGCUAUGCAAGGUUGGAAAAGCUGGAACAGGUUUGACUGUGACUAUUUCAUCAAGACCUACCCCACAGCUGAGUAUUUUGAUUGGCAAAAAGGCGAGAAGAUCCAGUUUGGUGCCAUCCCUGCAGUGUAUGGAGACCAGGAGACCUGGGACUGUGCCAGCGGCUUCUUUGACACAUUCUGGGAGGCCAACAAAAAGGCAGCAGUGGACUGGUUAGACCCAAAGCAUGAGCCGUAUUUCCUCCCUGCGGGCAGCCUGACGGCCGGUCCAGGUGGACACCUGCGGAAACCCAUGAUGACUGGAUUCCUAGGUACACCUGGCACAGGUGUGUCACCUCACCUGGAUGAGACAUGUGAAACCUUCAUGACUGUACAGUUCUCAGGUGUGAAGAACUGGAGUCUGUCCUGGCCUGAGGUGCAUGAUGGGAAACUGAGGUGGUCACAGCCCAUGGUGUUCACCUUAAACCCAGGAGAAAUCAUGCUGUGGUAUGUUGGAAUGAGGCAUCACACGGAAGUUGUUUCUGGCUGCUCCCUGAGUUUCAGCUACAGAUUCAGCACGCCUGCACCACUGAACUACUUUGACAAACUCACAAAAGCCCUGCAGUCCUUCUCACAAGAGGAGAGAAGAAAACUCUUUGCUGAGACCAAAGCUCAAGAUUUGGACUAUGCUGAACAGUGUAAGAUACAGAAGAAUGGAGACAGGGUACACCUCAGCUGAGAAAGGAAACUGUGAAGACUUAAUCUCAAUUUCACUGUAUGUUUUGUUCUAUGCAAUAAAGACAUAAUGUGUAAUGCUUUACAUAUUUCAAUACAUAUGCACAAGUUGAAAAAUAUAUGAUGUUCUAGAAAUGAUUUUUGAUACAUUUUGUGCAAUUCGUAUUAUGUCCCAAAGACUGCCUGGCCAAGCCCUAGAUUGGAAAAGUUACCCAAGUGUAAGUCAGCUUAGUGCAUAGAAUCUGUUGAUGAGAACAGAGAUUACAGGAUGUGCAGUAACAAUAACAGACAUAGAAAUUCAAACAUUAUGACCAAGUGCUAGAAGUGUCUGUUGUAAUGAAAUUUGUGACAUAAAAGGGAAGUUUCAUUGUGCAAAGUAUAUGAAAUAUGGUGACUGGCCAUGGGUUAAGGUCUUAAACCUAUCAUAUUUCUAUCUUACCUUAGACCAAAGCUUAGCAUGUUAGGUGGAUUUUUUGGGUGCAGAAAUGGCACUAAAUGUGUUUCGAGAUUUAGGUGCAGAAGUUGUACUAAAUGUGGUGUGACAUUUAGGUGCAGAAGUUGUACUAAAUGUGGUGUGACAUUUAUAGGUGCAGAAUUGUACUAAAUAUGGAGUGACAUUUAGGUGCAGAAGUUAUACUAAAUGUGGUGUGACAUUUAGGUGCAGAAGUUGUACUAAGUAUGGUGUGACAUUUAGAUCCAGAAGUUGUACUAAAUGUGGUGUGACAAAACCACGUACAGGGACCAAAGAAAUCAAGAUGGCUUCAAUUUUGCAAAUUAUGUUGUGUGAUCUGCAGAAUAACUAUAUUUUUCUACCCAGACACGGACAACACUAUGCAAUCAAGAUAAGUGUGGUUUUACUUUAUAUAGGAAGAUUAUCAUUAAUUAUUUGUUUCAAGAUGGCAGGUAUCAACUACUUUUAAAUUAAUAUGUGAAAUCUAUCUUGUCAAAGUCUGGCGCAAACUGUAAGUGUAAUUGAUGUAUAAUGAAGUUGAAGCAUGAUUUGAUAUUUACAAAUUGGUGUGAAUAAAAAUGGAAGCAUUGUGUUGAGUUGUAUUCCAUUUCAACGUUAAUUACUAUUCUUCAAACUGCUAUGUGUCACACCAAAGUGUUGUAAGUUACUCUUCUGACCAGAAACAGUGAUUUUACAUUAAAGUGCAGAUGAUAUAUAGAUUCACGCAUCUAUUGCCUGUACGGAUGACAGCUUUGAAGGAAAAAUGAGUGUUUAUUAAGCUUUAAAUCGAAACUGAAGCAUUGACUGCAAACAUACCAACUAAACACCACAAAUCACAAAAAAUAGUGUAUAUACAAGAUACAUAGUUUUCAUAUCAUUAAUGUAGCACGUCAUUUAUGCUUCACAUACAUUAAUCAAGUCAGUAAAUAUGUACAUACAUCAAUGUAUUGUAUUAAAUGGAAUGGUGGC